ACCUUGGCGAAGCUUGGUGGAGCAGUGGAGCAGGAGAGUCCAAUUGUCACCCAUGGCGCGCCAACCGGCGCCGUCAUGCCUGCCAAAGAUUCCGUGCCGUGUUUACGGCCUUCUCUCUGUCCUCACCUUUUGUUUCUGCAGCGCUGCAACCCCAACUGUGUCUUUUGUUUCCUCGCGUUGUUUGAUAGCGUGGUCCGAGCUGUUCCGAUACGACAUACAUGAGUGACGGGCAUGCCUCGUAUCCGGCUGCUAGGCCCUAGCAGCGUCCCCACUGCGUUCAACAGAGCUACCGUCGUCCUCGCGCUCGCAGUUGUCUUGUUCAAUGUGUAUCGACGCUUCGUGCUAGAUGCCGCCGACCCUUUCAAAUGCGGAGCGCUGCCUAACACCGGACAAUGGCUCGACUCCCCCGACCGCAAACCAGAUCAUAAGCCCUUCCUGAAUUGGCAACCGCCGGGAUGCCUGCUGUACGAGUAUAAGGCGCCGGAGAUUGCGAGCUGCAACGAAGAUGGGAAGAUACUGUUCGUAGGAGACACCCUGACCCGGCAGCUCUUCUGGGCUACCGCGAGGAAAAUUGAGGCUCCGGGCUCUAAAUGGGUCUUCAAGGAGCGGAACAAGCCAGACACUCACAGCGACCUUUGGUAUGCAGUGGAUGGCGCAAAACUGAAGUUCAUUUGGGACCCUUGGCUGAACAGCUCUGCGCUGCACGAGGAACUGAAAGCUUUUCGAGAACGACAGGAGCCUGGCUUCAAAGAGAAGGAUGAUCCAGCAAAGAAGGAGCUAUACAAUUCUCGACGAUCGGUGGUCAUGCUGGUUGGGGGUGGGCUAUGGCAUGCGCGGCAUUACCAGGAGGACUUCCUCAGAUAUUUCAAGCAAUCCGUGGACUCCGUGAUAUCGGCCGCAUACGGCGAAGGGCACGUUGGCCCCUUGGAAGAGGCGAUCGCGUCCGGCCGUGAGGGCGUCGGCGAUCAGAUCGUCUUUGCCCCGGUUAUUGAACCCUUGUACGAGAGGCUCAGUCCUUCACGAGAAGCAACGAUUGUGCCGAGCAAGAUCAACGCCAUGAACCAUUAUCUCCAGGAGAAGACUGUCUCCAGCGGCGUGAGCGUUCUCUGGAGCUAUGCCAACAUGACUCGAGGACGACCCGAGACGUACGGCGAGAGCGGUCUGCAUGUCAUCGAUACUGUAGCCAGUAAGAUGGCAGAUGUCUUACUUAACCUUCGAUGCAAUGCGAAAGCUGCUCAACGGCAAGGCUACCCGUACAAUAGGACGUGCUGCAGCGGGUACGUGGCUACGAAGUGGAUCCAGGUGGCGGGCCUGCUCUGCGCUGUGGCGCUAUUUCCUUUCGUGUUGUCUCAGUCGGGAAGGAGUAUGUCUGCAAGCCCGGUUCACGAGCAAUUUGAAAUGAGCAGCAUGCACCAAAUUACGAACGGCCAUAAUGUUGCUCGGCCUAAAGACUCGGGGUUAGCGAGGUCAACGACUAGCACCCCGAUGUCGAACGUGCCAUUCGCACUCUUCACCCUGAUUCUAAGCGCUUGCUGCUGUUUUCUCGCCGACAGAACUCAGGUCUUUAACAAGUUUCCGAAGCAAUUCUCUAACCUUGACUUCAGACUUAUACUUGGGCUCGUGCUGAUAGCAUGCCUGUUCAACAUCAAAGCGAUUCCGGCUCCUCAGGAGCGCCGCAGACCAAGCACUCCUGGAGCAUCAGCCGCCCACUCAUUUCUUCCACGGCUACAGGCUGACGAGUUCAAGGGAUGGAUGCAAGUCUAUGUUCUCGUCUACGCUUACACCGGCUCGUCGAAUGUGCUGGACUUUUACGAAGUACUGCGCGUAUUUCUGGCAUUCUACUUGUUCCUCUCCGGAUAUGGUCAUACGAUAUACUUCCUACAGAAUAAGGACUACUCACUCCGGCGAGUCGCCACUGUCCUCGUUCGACUGAAUCUCCUCGCGGUCUCUCUAUCGUUCAUGAUGGACAGACCAUACACCUCAUAUCACUUCGCGCCCUUGGUCAGCUUCUGGUUCAUGGUCGUGUAUCUUACGCUGCGGGCAAGACAACAUACGAACGACUCCAUCCCACAUAUCAUUGGGAAGAUAGUGACCUCCGCGUUGGUGGUCACACUCUUCAUUCAUAUCCGGGGCAUCCUCGAGCUCUGCUUCUCUGUUCUGCAUUAUACCUGCCGAGCCGAUCUGAACGCGACCGAAUGGAGAUUCCACCUGGGAAUGGACAAGUACAUCGUCUACAUCGGAAUGAUAGUCGCCGUCCUUCAUGUACGGAUUGCUUCUAUCCUCAGCGCACCUGCGGCACGCUUGGAAGAAGUACCGCGCAUAAUUCAAGAAUAUUUCAACGUCUUGAGGAGGAUUUCUGUCUACGCUGCGCUCGUUAUCGUCCCCUUGUUUUGGAUCCUGACGCGAAGGUCACAUGAUAAACCGGACUAUAACUGGUGGAUGCCUUACAUUGCCUGGUUACCGGUUGUGUCCUUCGUGGUCCUACGCAACGCAACAAGGUUCUUCAGGUCUUACUAUUGCGCUUCCUUUGCUUGGCUGGGGCGAAUAUCGCUUGAGCUGUAUCUCUUGUCGAAUCAUAUCUGGCUUGCCGGCGACGGCCGUGGACUUCUUAGGGUGGGGUUCCGCGGUGACGGUGGCUUGUUUAGCGAUCGAUGGCGAGACCUGGUUGCCCUCACUCCGAUCUUCGUUUGGGCAGCGUGGAACGUGCAUGCUGCAACGAUGACUGUUACGGCGUGGAUUAUAAGUAGUGGAGACGGAGUCAAAGGACGAGCGGCAGCGAAGAGCUCCCAUAGUAGAGCCGGGAGUGAACUCGCGUUUCCGAACUACGACAAUGCCCUUCCCGGUCCAGCUUCGCAAGGGGACAUAGAUCAUGGCUUGGUAAAUGGAAGACAGGGCUCAGGCCUGUCGAAGGAUGCCAAGAAGAAGCUUUUGAUCAUUGUGGGGGUUGUUUGGCUUGCGAAUAUGUUAUAUGCAUAAUCCCUUCUUUUCCGGCAUUUAUGGCUAGUCCUGAAGCGUAUGACUUUGAUGUGUUUAGAUUGAUUUUCACAUGUCACAUUGAUACCCAGGUAGUGUAUGUGCUGUGGAGCUGUUGCGUACGAUAUCUAAGUUGUCAUGAGUGCCUUUCACAUGAUUUUCGUCCUUCUACAUGCGGAGAUGCUCUUUAAAAGUAUAGGCAGUACCUUCGCCUACGGACUCUCAUGUGACUGCGCAAAAAUGGAUUCUUUG